AUGCAACUCAUUAAAAAUCAUACUUACGGUGUUUGUGCUUUUGAAACAGACAAUAUUAAAUAUGAUGAGGAUUAUUUCACGAAUUCUAGAGGACUGAAACUCUUCACAUGUAAAUGGAUUCCAACGAAUCAAGAACCAAAAGCCUUGAUUUUCUUUUGCCACGGCUAUGCCAUGGAAUGCAGCAUCACCAUGAAGAGUUGUGCGACUAGGCUGGUAGAUUCAGGAUUUGCAGUUCACGGAGUAGAUUAUGAAGGGCAUGGAAGAUCAGAAGGUCGUGCUGCAUUUAUCAAUAACUUGGAUGAUGUUGUUAAUGACUGCUCUCAACAUUUCAGACAGGUAUGCGAAAAGGGAGAGAACGGAGGAAAAAUGAGAUUCUUGCUAGGAGAGUCAAUGGGUGGAGCUGUUUCUCUUCUUCUACACAGAAAGAUGCCUGGAUAUUGGGAUGGUGCAGUCUUGGCCGCACCCAUGUGCAAGAUUGCAGAUGACAUAAAACCACCUCCGGUAAUGAUGUCUUUUCUGCAAGCACUUUGCAAAGUCAUCCCAACAUGGAAAUCCAUCAUUAGCCAAGAUCUCACUGAUAUUGCUUUUAAAGACCCCAAAGUACGCGCCGAGAUUAAAGCAAACAAGUAUUGCUACAAAGGCCGCCCUCGCUUGAAAACCGGCCAUGAACUUCUCAGAAUCAGUGGAGAUAUUGAGGGCCGACUUCAAGAGGUCGUAAUCCCCUUCUUACUUCUCCAUGGAGGAGAUGACAAGGUGAUUGACAAAUCUGCCAGCAGGCAACUCUAUGAGGUAUCGAAGAGUCCAGAUAAGUCCUUCAAGCUGUACCCCGGAAUGUGGCAUGGUUUGCUAUUUGGCGAACCGACAAACAAUAUUGACAUCGUGUUUGCAGACAUUAUCGACUGGUUAGAGGAGAGGGUGAUGAAGAGAAAUCAGAGUGGGGAAGGUGAACUCAAGCUUAGCAAUGAAAAUGUGCCUAAACAGAAACUUGAUAGUAUGCUUUGAAUUCAAAGCAUUAGAUAACUCUAAACCAUUGAUUAGGGUUAAGAAAAAAUGUCACUUUAAGUUCCAGUUCACAACUUUAAUACUAAGUACUAAAAUUGUCCAUUGGAUCAGUAUUUCUAAGAACGAUUAUUAUUCAAAUAUUAAUACCUAACGGUUAAAACUUUAGAACUUACUAUUAAU